CUUGCCCAUACUUUUUUUCUCUCCUAUAUAUAUAUUUAACACAUUCAUUAUUCACCCCCAAAGAGUUUUUUUUUCUUUUAAGAUUUGAAAAAAACAAACCCAAAGAGAGAGAAGAAAAAUAGCAAAAAGAGAGGGGCUUAAUAAAAAACCCUAAAAAGAAAAGGGUAGAAAAAAAGUAGCAAAAGAGAGAAUUUGAGGGGUGAAAAAGAAAAAAAACCCCAAAGGCAAAGGGAGUCUAAAGGGAGGGGCUAUCGAAAAUCCUUGCUUAUUUUCACACCCCAAAGGGGCCAAAAGGAAAAAAAUAUAAUACUGGGUGGUCUAUGAGAGCUGAUGGGUCUUCACUAGAUUGCGCUAAAACCCUAGAAAAACUCGAGCCAGCGUUGGUCGAUCUCGAUCCCUUUUCUGAAGGAUUGUUUUUGAAAUCUGAACCUGAUAAGAUUAGGUUCUGGUUUAACAAGUUUCUUGGGUUGUUUUUAAAAGAGGUUUGUGCCCAAGGUUGCUAUCGGCCUCUUCCUCCAUUGCUUGCAGAUGGGCAACCUGUGGAUUUGUUUAAGCUUUUCUUGGUUGUAAGUGAGAAUGGUGGGUACAAUGCUGUUUCAAAAAGUGGGUUAUGGGAUUUGGUUGCUAAAGAAUCUGGGUUUGAUUUAAAUGUGGCUUCAUCGCUUAAGUUAGUUUAUGUUAAGUACUUAGUUUCAUUAGAGAGAUGGUUGGAACAAUUUUUUCAAAGUGAAGACUCGAAGAUUGAAUCGAAUUGUAGUGGUCAUUUGAUGGAGUUGGGAGCUGAGCUUAAAGGGUUUUUGUUGGAAUCGAAGAAGAAAGUUAUGGAAUAUUCACAAGUUGAGGAGAGUAUAGUGGCAGGGUCAGAUGGAGGAGAUAAAUGUGUAAAAGGGGAGGAAUCUAUGCGUAUCGAUUUGACAAAGAGGGUUUUACGUUAUGAGGAAGUUGAAAAUUUGCAGAAUGAUGAUGAUCUAAAGAGUACGUUGGUUGAAAAUUUGCAGAAUGAUGAUGAUCUAAAGAGUACGGUGGUUGAUUCGGAGUGUGAAAAGAGGUUCAUUUUAAUCGAUGUAGAUGAUAUGCCUUCCGAUAUGGCGAAAAGUGCAACCAACUCAAUGUGUAACGAGGAUGAGGAUUGUGUUGAAUGUAAGCAAUACACGGAUAUUGUUGAUGACGAUGAUGUUAUGAUAUUAGAUUCAAACAGCAUUAAGGAAAACUUUUCAUCUCAUAAGAGAAAACGGGAUUCUACAUGGGAAAUGCUUAAUUGGGUUAACGAGGUUGCAAAGAAUCCUUGUGCUUUGGUGGUUGGUUCAUUACCAGAGAGUUCAAAAUGGACGGCUUAUGGGAGUGAAGAACUUUGGAAGCAGGUUUUAUUGUUUCGGGAAGCUGCCUUUGGCAGAAAGGAUGAUAGUUCAAGUGCUGGCCAGUCCAAUUUGCAGAAAAACCAGAAGAUGCAUCCCUUCAUGUAUGAUGACGAUAAUGGGAAAUUCGGGUAUAACCUUAGAGAGAGGCUGAGUUGCACAAGGAAGGUCUUUUUUGGGAAAUUGACUUCAAAAGGACAGGAUCGAUCACAACCCUCCUCCUCAGGGAAUCAUAGUGAUUUGGACGGUUCUACGAUUGGGAUCAGCAAACAUUUGCAUGGAAUUUGUGACUCUGCGACCCCAGGGUCAGUGUUUGAUUACGACGUCGACAUUCAAGUUCCUAUCGGCCCAUUAUUUCAAGUUGAGGUACCAGAGUGGACAGGGGUAGUUUCAGAAAGUGAUUCAAAAUGGUUAGGGACUCGUGUUUGGCCAUUGGAGAAGAAAGAAAACAGGACCUUUAUUGAACUUGAUCGUAUUGGGAAAGGAAGACCGGAUUCAUGUGGUUGCCAUAUUCAAAAUUCUAUACAAUGUGUAAGGUUUCAUGUUAGCCAGAAAAGAAUGAAAAUCAAGCUUGAGCUAGGUUCAGCUUUCAACAAAUGGAAUUUUGAUCAGAUGGGUGAAUAUGUUGCUAUUGCUUGGGGUGAAGAAGAAAAGAGCAUGUUUUCGUCUAUCAUAAAGUCAAAUUCACCGUCGUUAGACAAAUCUUUCUGGGACGAGAUCUACAAGUAUUUCCGUAACAAAAGUAGGGAAGAACUUGUUUGUUACUAUUACAAUGCCUUCCUUUUGCAGCGUAGAGCAAACCAAAACCGGACUACUCCGAGCAACAUUAAUAGUGACGACGAGGAACCCGAAGAAGAAUCAGAAUCAGUCAGUAAAGGCAGUAAGCGUGAAGCAAUUAAGCCAUACACCUCCAUCUUAAUUUCUCCAAAGAAGUCACAUAAGAGGACUAGAUACUCUUCUUAAAGCAAAUAUGGGUUUUUUAUUUAUUUAUUUCGAGUUUAGGUUGUUUUGGGUUGUGUCGAGGUUUAUAUAAGUAUAUCCUUGAGGGUGUACCUUUGAAAAGUGAAGAAUUUUAGUGGUCAAUGAUUUUGUUUAGAGGGGAAGAAUUGAUCACUCACACUACCUUAAGCUUUCAAGUAGCGUCUAUGGAUGCUCUUGAAAGUGUUUUUGGUUAAUUUUAAUCAUUGUCCAUUUAUUAUAAUUACUACUAUAUUAGUGACAUCAAAAAUCAAAUACACAGUUAUUUGCCA